AUGGCUCAACCAGAGGAACAAGCCGGUUGUUUUCGGCUCAGGAAGAGGCGAGGAAAAAGAGUUGAACCUGAAGGAGCCCACAAUUUAAAAAACGAACAAAAUGGACCCCCGUCAAAUGGAUCGCAGCCCACGGAGCCAGUGGUAACGGAAGAAAAUCCGGAUGAAUCCCAAAAUUCCUUAGAGAAUUCAAACAACAGCUCCAGGUCUGGUCUGGGAGAGGGACUGGACGGUAGGAUCAAUCUGAUAUCUGAUAGAGAUUUCCGAGAGAGAAAUGAUGCCUUAAGGAUUGACACGGGAAAUGACAAGCAAGGGGCAGACUCCCAGUUAAAACCUGUGACAGUUGAUUUUCACUACGAAGAAAACAGGACAGCUCAUAAAACUGAUGACUACGAGAUACCACAAUUGAUAGUCAGACGGGGAAAGGAGUUUGACUUCACUGUGACGUUUAACAGAGACUAUCACCCGGAAGUUGACGUCAUAGUUGUACAGUUUGUUACGGGAAAACGACCCCAGGAAAGUAAAGGAUCGAUCAUACGGGUGUCAAUUCAAGACAGCCUCACCACAAAUCAGUGGGGAAUGCAGGUCAAGGAAGCCAGUGGAAACACAGUCCAUCUGUCAAUCAUGUCAUCAGCAAAAGCCAUUACUGGUCGAUAUGACGUACUCAUCGAGACAAACAGCACAGCCUCAUCUGGAGAUGACUCCUUGUUUCGACACAAAGUCGAGGAGCAGAUUUGUGUGCUCUUUAAUCCUUGGUGUUCGGACGAUACAGUCUUCAUGGAAAAUAAUGAACAUCAUAAUGAAUAUGUCAUGGAGGAUUUUGGCUACAUAUGGAGAGGGAUUUCCGGGCAGUUCAAAAAAAUUCCUUGGGCAUUCGGUCAGUUUGAGGAUGUUGCCUUAAACUGUGCACUGUGGCUGUUGGAUAAAGCUGAGCUUUCCUGUAUCGCGCGAUCCAGCCCAAUCCAUGUUGUGCGUACAAUAUCAGCAAUGGUCAACUCAAACGACAUGGACGGUGGGAUUUUGUCUGGACGUUGGUCCAAUACAUUCCCUGAAGGAACAACACCACCGCUGGCCUGGACUGGAAGCACUGCCAUUCUGGAAGAGUUCUGGAGAACAAAAAAGACUGUUCGAUACGGACAAUGCUGGGUGUUCUCUGGACUAGUAACAGCAUUACUAAGGGCGCUAGGAAUCCCAACUCGAAGCGUGACGAAUUUUGAUUCCGCUCACGACUGUGAUGGCAGUAUGACGAUCGAUUAUCAUUUUGACGAGGAGGGAGAUCUCAUCCCUCACAUGAACGACUCAGUGUGGAACUACCAUGUGUGGAACGAAUCAUGGUUCAAGCGUCCAGAUUUACCAGAUGGUCAUGAUGGAUGGCAGGUGCACGAUGCCACACCCCAAGAGACAAGUGAAGGUGUCUUUCGCUGUGGUCCUGCAUCAUUAAAAGCGGUUAAAAAAGGAGAAGUGUACCUUCCAUACGACACUGCCUUUGUGUUCGCUGAGGUAAAUGGCGAUCGUGUUUACUGGAAUGUCAAGAAAUCUGAUGGUUCAAUGAAAGCUUUUUCCGUGGACAAGAAGUAUGUUGGAAACUCGAUUAGCACGAAGGCUGUCGGAUCCGAAGAAAGAGAGGACAUCACCCAUGAUUAUAAAUAUCCUGAAGGUUCUGAAGAAGAGAGGAAUGCUGUCAAAUAUGCCUUCCAGUUUAGCAGCCGCACCGAACACGAAAUUUACCAAUAUCAAAGCGAGGAUGUUGAAUUUCGUCUCGACGUGCGAGACACUGUGUACAUGGGCAACAGUUUUGACGUCGCCGUUGUCGUGGAAAACAAGUCAGAAAAUACGAGAAACAUCAAGGUUAACUUUACAGCUGUCUUAAGUCAUUACACUGAUGUUCCUGCUAAGAAACUGAAAACAUACAAGCUUCAGUUCCUAUUAAACUCCAAAGCAGAGAAACGUUUAGAGUUGAAAAUUGAACCCAAAGAUUACAUCACCAAGACAGGAGCGGAUGUCACCAUUAAGUUGUACGUUAAGGGUUUAGUAGAAGAGACAGGUCAGUCCUUUGCUGCUCAGGAUGUGGUGGAGCUCACCAAACCCGCGCUGGAAGUUACGGCAUCGUCAUCGCAAGUGAAGAUUGGUGAAGAAGUUGAGGUAACCGCGUCAUUCACGAACCCUUUGCCAAUACCCCUAACAAAAGGACAAUUCCAUCUGGAAGCCACUCGUAUGAAACCCAAGUCACUUGUGGUCGACUGCAAGGGCCCUGUGGGUUCUAAGGAAGAAGCCAAGAUCACUGCCAAGUUCACUGCAGCCAGAAAAGGAAAGCAUCACAUCGCUGUCAGCUUCCAGUCUAACGAACUCACUGAUGUUCAUGGCGAGUGUACUGUUUCUGAACCAGAAGCACGUUAAAUUUUACAUCUUCAAGGCGUUUGAUGCCGAUGGUUACAAAAUUAUUCGAGAAAAAAUAAAAACCGUCCGCAAAGAAGAGCAAAUUACUAAAUAGACGUAGGAGGCUCAUCUGUACCUUUAUAAAACACAGCGACCCAUAAGUGUAUAAGCUCAUCUUCACCAUCACACCCUCAUGUUAACUUGAGCUAUUUUAUUCCAGACAUUAAAUGCUUACAUUAAUUUUAUCCUCAUAAAAAAUCAAAUUCCCUUCUUAUUUGGAGUUGUGAUAAUUUGUUAUUUUGACUUGAAUACGUAAUCUUUGUACCAGCAGUCUUAACAGGGACAUUUCACGUCGGCCAUGAAGCCAAAUAAAAUUAUAUCAAUAACGACGAUUUCUUUUAUUUCUUUCAUUAACUAAUGUAUCAACCCAAUCAUCCUGGACUAAAACUUCAUUAUGUCUAAUCUGAUGAUAAUGGUAAUGACGAUGACGACGAUAAUUGUGAUGAUGAUGACGAUGAUGACGUAUUGCGAGCUUUUCAAGCUCUUCAGUAAAUGAAACAGCGUCAGCUUAAAAAUAAUUAAUCUAAAACGCGAAAGAUAAUUUACUACGUCUGUUUGUGAGCUGAACAUCUAUCUGCAACUACCUAAUCGCGGUUUUACCCCCAUUGCAGGUCUGCUUACACCAAAGUUCAAAGUUGGCGUCUUAACUAUCAAGUUGCAUGUUUCCGAUACUACUUUAAUCCGUGAGCUAAAACGUUACUACACACCUAUUUGUCUGACGUGAGGUUGAAUUCCGAUCCUUAAAAUUUGAUUACUACUCCUCACAACAUACACAUUAAAUCUUAAAAUAAUAGUUGAAAUAUAUACAAAAAAGCUAACAGAUGGAGAGAAACUAAGUACAAAGCAAGGGCUGCCUUUCGGAAUCCACGGGGCCUGCCCAAGGAGAGAGAAGAUCUGCAUAUGAAACAAAAAUAACGUCAAUUAAAAUAUCACAU